CCUGAAACCUCUGCCGCGUCGCCGGGAAGCCACGCUUGCGCAGUCUCGGCCCCCGGCCCCGCGCCAGCCCCUCUCAGCGGCGGGGGACUCGGCUGCCUUGGCCCCUGCGCGCUGCCGUCUUUUCCGGCAGUUGGGGCGCUUCCUGUUGUCCUCGCCCGCAACGGCUCCUUGGCCCUACCUCAAAGCCCUUCACGGGUCCCCGCGCAUUUUCUGGAGGGCUGACUGCUGCCGCCGGGGCUUCGCCUGUCCCCGCUUCGCGACCGCUGGCCGGGCCGGCGUCUGAGGCUGUCCGCGGCCCCCAGCCCUGCCUCCCCCGGGGCUCUGCCAUGGCAAUGACAGGCUCAACACCUUGCUCGUCCAUGAGUAAUCACACAAAGGAAAGGGUGACAAUGACCAAAGUGACACUGGAGAAUUUUUAUAGUAACCUUAUCGCUCAACAUGAAGAACGAGAAAUGAGACAAAAGAAGUUAGAAAAAGUGAUGGAAGAAGAAGGCUUAAAAGAUGAAGAGAAACGACUCAGGAGAUCAGCACAUGCUCGGAAGGAAACAGAGUUUCUUCGUUUGAAGAGAACAAGACUUGGAUUGGAAGAUUUUGAAUCCUUAAAAGUAAUAGGCAGAGGAGCAUUUGGUGAGGUGCGGCUUGUUCAGAAGAAAGAUACAGGGCAUGUGUAUGCAAUGAAAAUACUCCGCAAAGCAGAUAUGCUUGAAAAAGAGCAGGUUGGCCACAUUCGUGCGGAGCGUGACAUUCUAGUGGAGGCAGACAGUUUGUGGGUUGUGAAAAUGUUCUAUAGUUUUCAGGAUAAGCUAAACCUCUACCUAAUCAUGGAGUUCCUGCCUGGAGGGGACAUGAUGACCCUAUUGAUGAAAAAAGACACCCUGACGGAAGAAGAGACUCAGUUUUAUAUAGCAGAAACAGUGUUAGCCAUAGACUCCAUUCACCAGCUUGGAUUCAUCCAUAGAGACAUCAAACCAGACAACCUUCUCCUGGACAGCAAGGGCCAUGUGAAACUUUCUGACUUUGGCCUUUGCACAGGACUGAAAAAAGCACAUAGGACAGAAUUUUAUAGGAAUCUGAACCACAGCCUCCCAAGUGAUUUCACUUUCCAGAACAUGAAUUCCAAAAGGAAAGCAGAAACCUGGAAAAGAAAUAGACGUCAGCUAGCCUUCUCCACAGUAGGCACUCCUGACUACAUUGCUCCCGAGGUGUUCAUGCAGACCGGGUACAACAAGCUCUGUGAUUGGUGGUCGCUUGGGGUGAUCAUGUAUGAGAUGCUCAUCGGCUACCCACCUUUCUGUUCUGAGACCCCGCAAGAGACAUAUAAGAAGGUGAUGAACUGGAAAGAAACCUUGACUUUUCCUCCAGAAGUUCCUAUCUCUGAGAAAGCCAAGGAUCUAAUUUUGAGAUUCUGCUGUGAAUGGGAACAUAGAAUUGGAGCCCCUGGAGUUGAGGAAAUCAAAAAUAAUUCUUUUUUUGAAGGCGUUGACUGGGAACAUAUCAGAGAGAGACCUGCUGCAAUAUCUAUUGAAAUCAAAAGCAUUGAUGAUACCUCAAACUUCGAUGAGUUUCCAGAAUCUGAUAUUCUUAAGCCAACAGUGGCAACAAGUAAUCACCCUGAGACUGACUACAAGAACAAAGACUGGGUCUUCAUCAAUUACACAUACAAGCGCUUUGAGGGCCUGACUGCGCGGGGGGCAAUACCUUCCUACAUGAAAGCAGCAAAAUAGUAUCCUUGAAAUGGAAUCCUAAAUGGAGCAGAGUUCUUUGUACAACAUCGCGGUUUUCCUCUCACACACUCUUUGGAAAGAGCUUCCAAGAAGUUUAUGGAACCCACCAAUAUGUCACGGUAAAUUCUCCUGAAAUGUGAUAGUAAGUGGAUUCUCUUCCAUGUGCAUCUGAAAAGCUGCAGAACAAAGACAACUCUUUCCACUCCCUCGGCCAGAAACAGCUGUCCUGCUUCUUGGGAAGCAUCACGAGCCAAUUUGAUAGAUGUUUUAAAAAACUUGAGUUUUCCUAAGUUCAUCAGAAUGAAGGGGAAAAGACAGCCAUCAUCUAACAUUAUUGAGAUUGUAACAUAUACUUAUCAAAUAUCAGCCAAUUCCUGUCACUUUGUGACAUGCUUUCUGCCAAACCCACCAAGUAUUUCUUUUUCUUUACAGCUAAAAUUUCCAUAGUACAGGAAAUAAAGCAAUAAGGAAAGCCUCAGCAGCCAGCAUUCUGGCUGAAGGAAAUGAUCCACCAUCCUCUGAGGGGGUGGUGAUGGUGGUAGUUUCCCCCCUUACCUCGGCCUUGGGCAAGUGGCUUUUUAUAGCCUCCAUUCAUGGUGCACUUUAUUUAUGGUACUAGGAUAAAGACCCUCAAUCCAUUGAUUUUUCUCGUCCCGCCCAUCUAAAACACUCAUGCUGCUUUUCUGAGUGUUGAUGGGGAGAUACCAGCUUGAUCCAUUAUUACUCUUGGAAGGCCUGAAAAGCCACUGGGCAUUGCCAAGGAGUCCCGGAUCACCUGGAAAACCCUCACUUUCUCUUCACGGCUGUCUCAGAAAAUCCCUAAGACAGAUGUUGCCAUGGACCAGCAGUACUUGCGAGUGCUGCCAACAGGAACUUGGUUUAUUCCUGGGAACACAGCAAGGAGAGCCCAGGCAGAGGCAGGAGGCCUGGCACCCUCUUGGCUAAGGUGCUGCUCGGGCUCUAGAAGCUCCUGGGAAGUGCUGAAGGAACCGGCCCAAUAGAACGUGCGGAGCCAGCCUACAAGUGCUUGUAAAGUUCACUCCUCAAUCUUCGGUGCAACUGUGUUUUGUCUUCUCUCCUGGUAUUUCUCCUCUCCCAACUUUAAGUAACCAUUUUGCCUUGGAAUCAUGAUUACAAAUUUUUCCUUUGCAGAUGCCUUUCUGGGGGAUGCUCUUCUAUACCUUAAAGGGUCGCCUGCAGCUUGGGCUGCCCAGGCCUCUCUGCUGUGGCUUUCUCUCAUCAGAGACCCUCUGAAUUUUAGCACAAAGUGCCUUCUCUUUUACAGCUGCCACCACCUUUAGAGGAAUUUUGCCGUGUCAGAAAAAUAUGGAGUCUCCAUAUUAAUGCAUUAUUACUUUUAAAAAUUUUGAUAACUCUUAAAGCAUCAUUUGCACCUGUGUGUAACUUUGCCUGUUGCAGAGUGUCAUGGCCAGGCUAUAACUGGGAGACUGCUUUCUGCUAGUCUUGAGGUUAAGAUCAGCUUUGAAAGGAAAGUAUGUCCUAGCUUAGCCAUACAGAAAAGAAAAAUGGAGUAUCAAAGUUAUAGCAGUAAAUGAAACUGCUUUGGGUUUUAAUGUCUUAGAGGAAGAAAAAGAAGAAUAUUAGGGAGUUAUUAACUUUGGAUGAAGGUAAUGUGUUUGCCUCGUAAUCUUUCAUUCAUGGUCUGUUAGUGAAAAGGAAGUAAAUGAGAUUCUUUUGUGCAACUUGAUAGUUUCUUUCUAUUACUCAAUAGUUGGGGUCUUGACCCCCACGUGUUUUGCAAGAGUGUGUGGUAAGCAAGGGUAAAGAGAAGUUACGAGAGUGGUGAUAGUCUGUGUGUUGGGGAGUGGCAGGGGAUGGUUUGUUUUAGGGGAAAAUGCCCACAUUUUAACUUUGAAACUUCUGAAUAAACUGUGUGAAAA